CCUCUAUCCACCAACAAGAGGGAAAACACAAACAAAAGAAACACAGGAGAGACAAAAAUGAGAUAAGGAUUUGAAGCCUCUCACCACUUCCCUGGUUUCUCGUUAGGCUUAUUUUUCAAACUCGAAACUUAUCUAUUUUUCUGGCUUUCACCUUUUCUGGGAAAAUUUUCUCAGAGCAAGGCGAGCUUAAAGGUGACAGUUUUUAACCAUGGCGACGAUCACACCUUCUUCUAUUAGCAAUGCCUGGCUCAUUCCCGGAGCUGCUUUUAGUGUAAAGAAGAAUGAUUGCUCCAUCAAAUGUAGUUUUUCGCGCAAAGAUGGGAAACAGAAUCUAUCAUCAACGCAGAGACUAGUCUUGCCUUUGUCGACUUCACUUAGAUUGUUUCCUACUCAUGGAAGGCAGUUUGUGUUGCAUCCUCAUCGUAGAGCCACGGAGACUGAUGUUGUGGCGGCAGUAGAGGAACAAGAUUCUACUCCUGUUGCUGCGGACGUGAAAGAAACUGUGGCUAGUGAGAAGUCAGAUGCUCCUUCUACAACAUCUCAGUCAAGGGGAACAGCAAGACCUGGGAGGAAGAGUGAAAUGCCUGCAGUUAAGAACGAGGAGCUUGUUCCUGGUGCUACUUUCACUGGGAAAGUACGAGCGAUUCAGCCCUUUGGUGCUUUUGUUGAUUUUGGUGCUUUCACCGAUGGAUUAGUCCAUGUGUCUCAGUUGAGUGACAACUUUGUCAAGGAUGUUUCGAGUGUUGUCACUAUUGGGCAAGAGGUGAAAGUAAGGCUAGUGGAAGCUGACAUUGAGACAAAACGUAUUUCUCUUACUAUGCGUGAGAAUGACGAUCCUCCCAAACGCCAGUCCGGUGGUAGUGAUAAGCCGAGAUCAGGAGGGAAAAGGGAUGGUUCAAAAGGAGGACCGAGGAAGGGAGAUGGCUUUAACUCAAAGUUUUCGAAAGGGCAGAUGUUGGAUGGAGUGGUGAAGAAUUUAACGAGGUCAGGAGCGUUUAUAACUAUAGGAGAAGGUGAAGAAGGGUUUUUACCAACGGCUGAGGAAGCAGAUGAUGGAAUUGGAAGCAUGAUGAUGGGUGGCUCUUCGUUGGAAGCUGGACAAGAGGUUAAGGUUCGUGUGUUACGCAUAGCUAGGGGACGUGUUACUCUAACAAUGAAAGAGGAAGACGAUGGUAAGUUUGAUGAAACAACCACUCAAGGAGUUGUGCAUACAGCCACGAAUCCAUUUAUGCUUGCUUUCCGUAAGAACGAAGAGAUUGCUGCGUUUCUUGACAAGAGGGAGGAAGAGGCAGAGAAGCAACCUGCUGAGAAACCAGUAGAGCCUGAAGCUGAAGCCUCUGUCACUUCAGGUGAAGUUGAGGAAUCGUCAUCUGUCUCAGCUGUAGUAACAAGUGAAGAGGUUCCCUCAUCAGAAACUCCCAAGAUAGAAAAAGAAGAAGAAGUGAUAGCGAGCAAAGCUGAAGAUGAUCUGCCAGAAAAAGAAGAGCAGACGGAAACAAUUGCUGCAGCAGCUGAGGCUGAGGAUGUGGUUCCUCCAAUUCCAGAAACCAAAAGUGACGAAGAAAUUGUUGAGAACUCUAUUCCUCCAAAUUCAGCCACUGAUGAAGUUUCAUCUUCAGAAACUGUAGAAAGUGAAGAGGUUGAGGAAGUGGUGGCCGAAGCACCUGUUGCUGAAGCAGAGACUCCUGCCUCUGUUGUCCCAGAAUCUUCUUCUGAGGAAAGUGGCAACACCACUACUGCAGAUGAAAGCAUCCAAGGCAUUUCACCAGCUCUAGUGAAACAGCUCAGAGAAGAAACCGGGGCAGGAAUGAUGGACUGCAAGAAUGCUCUCUUGGAGAGUGAGGGUGAUAUGGUCAAAGCUCAGGAGUACCUCCGCAAGAAGGGACUAGCAAGCGCAGACAAGAAAGCAAGCAGAGCUACAGCUGAGGGAAGAAUAGGUGCUUAUAUCCAUGACAGCAGAAUUGGUGUCCUCUUGGAGGUUAAUUGUGAGACUGAUUUUGUCUCACGCGGUGACAUUUUCAAGGAGCUUGUUGAUGAUCUGGCAAUGCAGGUGGCUGCGUGCCCUCAAGUAGAGUACCUUGUAACCGAAGAUGUUUCUGAAGAUAUUGUGAAGAAGGAAAAAGAGAUCGAAAUGCAAAAGGAAGAUCUUUUGUCGAAACCCGAGCAGAUAAGAGAGAAGAUAGUUGAAGGUCGGAUAAAGAAGAGACUAGAUGCACUUGCAUUGCUUGAGCAACCAUACAUUAAAGACGAUAAGGUGAUAGUGAAGGAUCUUGUAAAGCAGAGGAUUGCAACAAUUGGUGAAAACAUCAAGGUAAAGAGAUUCGUGAGAUACACUCUCGGAGAAGGUCUUGAGAAGAAAAGCCAGGACUUUGCUGCUGAGGUUGCUGCUCAAACUGCAGCUAAACCGAAAGCUAAAGAAGAGAAAGAACAGCCAAAAGCUGAAGAGGUCAAGGAAGCAAGUCCACCAGCUACAGCGGUUUCAGCUGCUCUUGUGAAGCAACUGCGUGAGGAGACAGGAGCUGGAAUGAUGGACUGCAAGAAGGCAUUGGCAGAGACAGGAGGAGAUCUUGAGAAAGCACAAGAAUUCCUAAGAAAGAAGGGUCUCUCAUCAGCUGAUAAAAAAUCAAGCCGGCUUGCAGCAGAAGGGAGAAUCGGCUCAUACAUCCACGAUUCCCGGAUUGGAGUUUUGAUUGAAGUGAACUGUGAGACAGAUUUUGUCGGAAGAAGCGAAAAAUUCAAGGAAUUGGUUGAUGAUCUUGCAAUGCAAGCAGUGGCUAAUCCACAGGUGCAAUAUGUUUCGAUAGAGGACAUUCCAGAGGAGAUAAAGCAAAAAGAAAAAGAUAUUGAGAUGCAAAGAGAGGAUCUUUUGUCAAAACCAGAGAACAUAAGGGAGAAGAUUGUUGAAGGGAGGAUCUCAAAGAGGCUUGGAGAAUGGGCAUUGCUGGAGCAGCCUUUCAUUAAAGACGACAGUGUUCUGGUUAAGGAUCUGGUGAAGCAAACGGUGGCUACUCUUGGCGAAAACAUCAAAGUGAGAAGGUUUGUGAAGUUUACUCUUGGAGAAGAUAACUGAUGAGACAAAUUAAAGUUUUCAAAUAAGGGAGCUCUGUUUUUUGUUGUCAUGGAGUUAUAAGCAAAAGCCUUCCUUUUUGUUUUGUAGACAAAUUAUUCAGUAUUCACUUUUGAUUAGUUUUUAAUCAAAACCUGUAAUUUUUUGUUCAUGAAAAGAUGAAAUUUUUGCAUUCUAAA